GUUUAACCCUUUCGGGGGCUUUCAACCUACCCCUUUGCACGCCCUUGAAUGGGGCAGAGGCUGUUUGUUGCCCGUUCGUAGACAUAUACAGUACCCGGUUGGCGGGUAGCCAGUGGCAGGUAACUCUCGUCCUGGGGAAAAGAGGAGGUUAUUUUAGAUUAAGGGAAGGGGUGGGGGACCUUCUCUGCAGGGUCCUUGUUUAAUUUGGGUGGUUACCUGUCAUGGAUGCUUCAGCUGAGUUUCCUGCAUUGCAAGAGGGUUGGACUAGAUGACCCGCUGGGAUCCCACCCAGCUCUGCAGUUCUAUGAUUUUUGUGGACGGAGCCCCCAAAGCCAAAUGCAGAAAGAAAGGGGCGAGGUAAUGGCCACGAUGUAGUGCCUAAAUCAAAAUUAUUUAAAGUUGCUUCUCUGUGCGUGCAUACUUGGGAGCAACGAUUCUAAGAUGUGCAUAGAAAGACAAAAAAGAAAACGCAUAUUGUCCUACAACACUAACAACCCCAAUGUGGUUUGCAAUGUACCUUGUACGAAUGCUGAUGUUAUUUGCUUAGGGUUCGCCAACCACAAAACAGAAAGUCACAAAAUGUGAAGUAUCUAAAAGGAGAUAGGAGAAACUGGUUUCCGAAUUUGCCUCUCUGUGCCAGGUGCUAGCACUAGGCCUUGUCCCUUGUCCAGUUCCCUAGCAUCUCUGAUUUAACAGACAGAUAUCAAUCAGGUGAAGACGCUAGGAAGAGCAUGCAGUGCUGUGCAAUGGUUUGGCAUAAGCCAGUUUUCUUCGUGACUUUGUGUAUAUCAGGGGUCAGCAAACUUUUUCAGCAGGGGGCUGGUCCACUAUCCCUCAGACCUUGUGGGGGGCUGGACUAUAUUUUGAAAAAAAGAAUUAAUUCCUAUGCCCCACAAAUAAUCCAGAGAUGCAUUUUAAAUAAAAGGACACAUUCUACUCAUGUAAAAACACGCUGAUUCCUGGACUGUCCGCGGGCCAGAUUUAGAAGGCAAUUGGGCCGGAUCUGGCCCCCGGGCCUUAGUUUGCCUACCCAUGGUGUAUAUCAUUAAGUCACGGGUACAAUUUGCGACCUCAGGGAUAUCGUUUGCGAUUUGAUUUGAGUGCUGGUAAACUGGAUGCUUUCUCCAGCAGAAGCAGUGUUAGAAAACUAGGAGCUAAAUGGCACCUUAAACCUGGAUUGUGGGCGCCACAACGGAAUGUCCAGGCACGCUUUUUUAAUAAAAAGGAUACAAAGCUGAAAAGGAAUGAACUGCAGCUAAAAUAUUACGUUCAUUUUUCCCAUGGUCUAGUCGUUCCCCUGCCCACCCCCCUAAUAUUCUUUAAAGGGUCUCUUCUCCAGACUUCAGAGAGUAGCUGGAAGUGGGGAGGCAGAAAAAGGUCCUCCUUUCCUUCCACUCUACGGUUUUAAUCUGAAACCUUAUGCGCAAUACUGCGCCCAGAGCUCAGAAACUGCUUGCACUAAUGAAAUUCCCCAUCGCAAAAUGUGCCUAGAACAAUGGGAGUUUCAAACAUUGAGCAGAAGCCUUGCAGCUCAGUGGUGGGUAAACAGUUUCUACAGGAAAACAUCCUCAGGAUUGUUUAAUAAUAAUAAAUAAAAAUGUUUAUGGCAAAUAUUUUUAAACCGCUCUUCAUCUACACACCCGGGCAGAAGACAAAAGGCAUGGAAUAAAAGAGUCAUGCUGAAAAAAGUCAUCAGGAACAAACAGAGGCAUAUAAAAACAAACAGAAGAAACUAAAUAAUAAACAGGUUUUGAACUUUCAAAUGCUUGGUCAAAUAAGCUUUUAACCCAGCAUUGGGAUGAUGGUAAUGUUGGCACCAGUCGUUCUCCAUUCCACAAAUGGAACACCAUGACAUUGUUGCUGCAUGAUGAAUUUCCCCUGACAUCAGGACAAAGAAAAGAUCCUCUCCUUAAGACAUGGGCAGGUGGUUUAGGAAGAGCCACUCCAUUAGGUAUUUGGGUUCUAAGACUGUUAUGGCUUUAAAGAUCAGCACCAGCCCCUUGAAUUAGGGUGGGAAGCAAAAGAUAUUUCAGAAUUGGCGUAAUAUGAUUCCAUCUAGCAGUAGGCAGUUAAACAUUCUGGUAUUCUGCCUCUGAUGAAACUUCUAAGCAUUCUUCAAGGGCAGCCCAAAUUUUAAUAGCAAUUUCUAGGGAAUAGUACUAAAUGUAUGCUGAUAUUUUUUAUUUGGCUUAUUUAUGACAGAUUACAAAUAUGUAACCUGAGUUUCAUAUAACUCUGCAUCAAACCUUCCAGGGAUGCUACCUACAAACUUCCAGAGUCUUUUAAGUCACAACACCAUUUUGUCAAACCUACAGCCAAAUUUACAUUCGAAGUUAUAAACAAGAUUAUGCAUUAAAACAGACUUAUAGCAUGAUCCUAUGCAUGUUGAUCAGGAAGUAAGCUAGAAUUGCAGGAGGGAGAACUACUUCUUAUUUUCAAAUCCUCAAACAGAUAAUCAUCAAUCUUGUGAACUACCUUGAGAUCUUUGGAUGAAAGGCGGUAUAUAAAUCUAACAAAUAAAUGAAUAAUCAAUUUGCAGAAUAUGACUUAGAACAAUGACUGAUUAUGGUUACUCUAGUCUACCUUUCUUUUUCUAUUGACAUCUCAUCUGUAUUUCAAAAUAACUUAUUGUGAGCCAUACUGUUUACUUUGCAUGAGCUAUGUUUGGCAACAUAUUCAACAAGGAGAAUAAACCUUGUUCCGCAAGAUUUUAAUCUCUUAUCUUGACUAACCAGAAGAGAUAAUAUUACAUUCCUUUUGUUGCUCCGUAACGCUGAACAAUAAAAGACGCAGCACAGAAGGAAAUGAAUGUAAAAAAAUUAACAAACGGUAUCAGAGUACUUCUAAGUAUUUUCCCCUUGUUUGGCCUUUAUGUUCUGCUGCCACUGCAAUCCAAAUGAUGGCUGUGUACAGUGGUGCCCCGCAAGACGAACGCCUCGCAAGACGGAAAACCCGCUAGACGAAAGGGUUUUCCGUUUUGGAGGCGCUUCGCAAAACGAAUUUCCCUAUGGGCUUGCUUCGCAAGACGAAGCCCAUAGGGAAAUCUCCGAGGACCUCUUUUAAAUGCUAGCGGUGGGGAGCAAAGCCUUCCCCCCUCCGGCCUUCAGAAGAGGUCCAGGAAGGCUGGCGGGGGCCGAAGGCUUUGCUCCCCACCGCCAGCAUUUUAAAAGCAGUCCGGGAUAGCAGGAAGCGCUUCCCGCUAUCCCGGACGGCUUUUGAAGGCAGGAGAGGGCCGCGAAGCCUGGGCGCGCUGAUCUCAGCGCGCGCAGGCUUCGGCAUGCCGGCAACUCUCCGCAAGCAGCGGCAGCGCUGCCGCUGCUCGCGGAGAGGUCCGCGAAGCCUGGGCGCGCUGAUCUCAGCGCGCGCAGGCUCCGGCAUGCCGGCAACUCUCCGCAAGCAGCGGCAGCGCUGCCGCUGCUCGCGGAGAGGUCCGCGAAGCCUGGGCGCGCUGAUCUCAGCGCGCGCAGGCUUCGGCAUGCCGGCAGCUCUCCGCAAGCAGCGGCAGCGCUGCCGCUGCUCGCGGAGAGGUCCGCGAAGCCUGGGCGCGCUGAUCUCAGCGCGCGCAGGCUUCGGCAUGCCGGCAAAACUCCGCAAGCAGCCGCAGCGCGGCCGCUGCUCGCGGAGAGGUCCGCGAAGCCUGGGCGCGCUGAUCUCAGCGCGCGCAGGCUCGGCAUGCCGGCAGCUCUCCGCAAGCAGCGGCAGCGCUGCCGCUGCUCGCGGAGAGGUCCGCGAAGCCUGGGCGCGCUGAUCUCAGCGCGCGCAGGCUCGGCAUGCCGGCAACUGGCCGCACGCAGCGGCAGCGCUGCCGCUUCUCGCGGAGAGGUCCGCGAAGCCUGGGCGCGCUGAUCUCAGCGCGCGCAGGCUUCGGCAUGCCGGCAACUCUCCGCAAGCAGCGGCAGCGCUGCCGCUGCUCGCGGAGAGGUCCGCGAAGCCUGGGCGCGCUGAUCUCAGCGCGCGCAGGCCUCGGCAUGCCGGCAACUCUCCGCAAGCAGCGGCAGUGCUGCCGCUGCUUGCGGAGAGGUCCGCGAAGCCUUGGCUGGACAGCUUUUGAAGGCAGGUGGGGGGGACAAAGACUUUCGCCCCCGCCAGCCUUCAGAAGAGGUCCAGGACCUCUUCUGAAGGCUGGCGGGGGCAAAAGUCUUUGUCCCCCUGCCUGCCUUCCCAGGGGCUUUAAAUUGCCCCGGACAGCGGAGAAGUCCUCCGCUGUCCCGGGGCAAUUUUAAAUGCCGCCCGCCAGCAUUUUAAGAUCGCCCGGACAGCGGAGAAGCCCUCCGCUGUCCGGGGUUUUUUAAAAUGCUGGGGUGGGUGGGAAGAAAAGCCCUUGUCCCCCCCCCAGCCUUCAGAAGAGGUCGGGGGACAGACUGUCCCCGGACCUGGUCUGAAGUCGGUUUCCCUAGGAACGCAUUAAUUGAUUUUCAAUGCAUUCCUAUGGGAAACCGUGCAUCGCAAGACGAAAAACUCGCAAGAAGAAAAAACUUGCGGAACGAAUUAAUUUCGUCUUGCGAGGCACCACUGUAUUUGCUUUUGCAUUGUUAAACCUUACACCUGCCCUGUGGGUGUUAGAUUAGGCCCUUCUAGGAGUGGGAUAGGCAGACCAGUCUUGUGAUAUCUAAAGCUUUUGAGGUCCUCCAGUUGCUUCAGAAAUACAGUCAUAACCUUGCAAGUCGAACGCCUUGUGAGUCGAACGUUUUGGCUCCCUAACGUCACAAACCCGGAAGUUCGGAUUCCAAAGAAUCCGAACGUCCGACAUGGGUUCCGCGGCUUCCUAUUGGCUGCAGGAGCUUCCUGCCAAUCGGAAGCUGCACCUUGGUUUCCAGACAUUUUGGAAGUCGAACUGAUUUCCAGACAGAUUCCGUUCGACUUCCGAGGUACGACUGUAGUGCUUUAGCCAGGUGGCUCUAAGGAUCAUGCUCAAACCCCAUGAACUUGUGAUCUGGACCAGGACCAGGACCAGGACCAGGACCAGGACCAGGACCAAGGGCAACAUCCAACAGAGUAGUUCUGUUAGCACAAGGACUUCUGCCUAUGAAGUGGAACUUCCUCUCCCUGUGCAUUCUGUAUAUAUGUUCUGUGGGUCUUGGACCCAGUUAAAGGGGCACAUGAGAAAAGGAGAGGAGAAGGAGGGAGAAGAGGAAGUUCUAUUGUGCAAAUGGAAUCCCUUGCAAUAUCAGAACUACUUCAUUGGAUACCUCUCCAAGUUCAGAAGGCCUUUCACAUGAAAAAUCCAUUCCUGGCUUUCCUUCAGGAUUCCUGUUUGAACAAUCUAAUUUGGCGGGGAGUGGAAGAGGAGGGAGCUGUUUAGCUGCAGCUGUUGUUAAGACAACUGAGAGCCAAAAGCUCUUGCCAAUCGCCUGCAAAUCACUCAGAGACCUACCAGAAGUCUCUGCAGAAAUUGCCUCUGGUAGCUCUGAGCUCUCCUGCAUAAGCCUUUCUUAAAUGAAUGGGAGCUCUGCCAGAGCACAGUGCUAUUUGUUGAGAUGCUCUAUAGCAGAGGUUUGGCUCUGGGGACCCUCUCUUUGAGUGCCUUUCCGACUUUUCAAAUCAGCCAAGAAUAAGGUUCAUGAUGCACUGCUGAAGGUUUAGAAGCUUUUCAUUAUUUAUUGAGAAGCGAUGAAGGAAAAUCCCUAUAAUAAAGGAUUAACGCAGAUGCUCACGUUUCAUUCACCUGUGUUCCCUUCUGUAACCUGCCAACAGUGUUUUGUCCAAUUAUUUAAUCCUUCUGUUGUUGUCCGCAACAGAUUUCUCAGUGUUUGAAAGCUUUCAAAAGCACAUCUCUCUUUCUUAGUUUUGGCAUACAAAGCCAUCCAUAAUGCUUAGCUUUCUCAAAUCUUGAGGAUUCUUUGGAAACAACAAACAGGGCUUGAUUAGUAUUAGUAUUGGCAUAGUCUUUAUUCAUAAAAUGAAGGUGGCUGAAGACUCAAAUAUCCAGUUUCACUAUUCUCCCACUUUUGGGGCAAUUGAUACUGACUUCCAGCUACACCUGAAUACCCUGGUCACAUGAAUCCUGAAGAAAUGCACAGAAUUCACCACUGUCCAGCUUUUGCCACACACUUCUUGUUUGCAGCAUUCCAAGAAUCAAACUGUUUUCAGUUCUCUGUGUAUCAUCCACACUCACACAGCUACUUUAUGUUGCAUAAACAGCAGUUACCCGUAACUGAUGCCUGCCAUGGGCAGAGAAGGUUGUUGUGAAAAUGAGCCUUAUGCUUAAAAAUGGUAAAGAUAAAGGACCUCUGACAGUUAAGUCCAGUCGCAGACGACUCUGGGGUUGCGGCGCUCAUCUCACUUUAUAGGCCAAGGGAGCUGGCGUUUGCCCGCAGACAGUUUUUCUGGGUUAUGUGGCCAGCAUGACUAAGCUGCUUCUGGCGCAACGGAACACUGAAACCAGAGCAGCGAAUGGAAACGCCAUUUACCUUCCCGCCGGAGUGGUAGCUAUUUAUCUACGUGCACUUUUUUUGGCGUGCUUUCGAACUGCUAGGUUGGCAGGAACUGGGACCAAGCAACAGGAGCUCACCCCAUCGUGGGGAUUCAAACCACUGACCUUCUGAUCGGCAAGCCCAAAAGGCUCAGUGGUUUAGACCACAGCGCCACCCACGUCCCACACUCACACAGCUACUUUAUGUUGCAUAAACACCUGUUACCCGUAACGGACACCUGCCGUGGGCAGAGAAGGUUGUUGUGAAAAUGAGCCCUAUGCUUAACUACAGUAAAAGACCCAGCAGAAAAACACCCCCAGCAGAAACCUCCCCUUCUGUCUGUUAGCCCCUAGCCCCUAGCAUUGUACUACACAAUAGCACAAGGAAUUCAGGGCCUCGUGCCUGUUCACGUGCCUGUUCAUUUUCCCUUUGCACAAGCCAACAAACAAACCCAGAAUCUUGGCUUGCUGAAACAUUGGUCAGUGGCUUUGGAACAAGCUGUCAGGGAACUGCCAUCGGAAGGAAGGGAGGUGAAAGGGCUCACACAGGUUGGGAGAGACUCAGCAGCUGAAGAGGGAACCAGUAGGGGAGAGGAGCUGAGCUGAGGGAAAGUGAGCUGGAGGGAUGGCUCAGAGACACUUCCAGCGAAAACAGUGGGGAGGUUUCAGGACCUCCUGUAGGAACACCCACUCCUCGCCGGAAACUGUCACGCAGAGAGUCCAGAAGACGUGUUUCCGUUAAGGAGCUUUUAUGUUGGAAGCGAUUCCGAAAGCAACCACUGUCGGAAUCUGCUAGUGACUAGAGGAGCCAUGUCUGAGGGCUCCGUCACAGACAGAGGUUUGUGGACUUGAACAAACUCUGAGGGGAUACUAUUUUACGCACAAGCAGCUCCUCAUCCCAUCACAGCAUUCCGACAGUCUUUGAAAGCAGCUUGUGCAGGAGAAGGCAUCAUGAGCAACCCAGCCGGAACCGGAGAAGCAGGAGCUGGAGCGGGUCCAAGCCUGGAAGAAAGGUACCGGGUGUUGGAGGUCCAGCUAGCGCUGCAGACGGCGAGGCUUGAGGAGAGGAGGGCUCAGGAUGCAGACAAAAAGGGAAAGCCACCCAGCUCGCCAGAAAGGUACCAGGAUUGGUGCAGAAGUUUGGGGGGGAGCCCAAAGACUAUCAUGGCUUUCGGACAGAGAUGCAAUAUGCCCUCAAUCUGCAGUUUGAUGAAUUCCCUGACGAGGAAUCACGAGUGGCUUUCGUGAUUGGGCAUCUUGAAAAGGGGCGAGAGACUGGGUUAGACCCCUGAUGGCAGCGAAUAGUGACGUCCUAAAGGACACGAUGAAGUUCUUUCGCGCCAUGGAUCUGAUGUUUUCCAGCGAUAUUGAACAGGGAGUGGUGCGCAGACAGUUAAUGGCUUGCAAACAGGGGAGCCGAUCUGUCCGUGAGUACUGGACUGAGUUCACCAUGCUGGUUCACAGAUUGGGGUGGGACUUAUCGGCGGAACCCAUUCAAAUGCUCUUUGAAGAAGGGCUUUCUUCGGCUGUGAAAGACGAACUUUCCCGGGCGCCCAGGGCGGAGUCUAUGGACCAGCUGACCAAAUCAGCGCUGACCAUAGGAGCGCGCCAGGAGGCGAGAGCAUUGGAGAGGCGGGAAGGGAAGGGGGAACGUUGGAAGGAGUUCCGCAUUCCAGACAUUCCAGAGCCAACUUUCCCGCCGGCAGAGCCGAUGGAAAUCGGAACAGCGCGCGCGCGCGCAGUUUCAAAGCCCAGUGAGGGGGGAAGAAGGAGGGAAAACGCGCCCGGAAAUGCUAUCUCUGCCAACAGCCAGGUCACUUUGCCAGAGUCUGCCCCCAGAGGAAGGAAUGGCAAGGGAUGGUAGGAGCUGUGGAGGGAAGAGAGGAAGAAAUACCGGAGCAAGUAAAGCCAACGCCUGGCUGCCACCGUCGGGGCACAGCAGCCAGGCCAAAGAGCAGUGAGAGUGCCCACGCCAGAACCUCCUAAACCCGCCCUAGUGAUAGAAGUGGCGCUAGAGCUGCCAAACGGACACCCUCUAAAGAUAAAGGCGCUGUUGGACUCAGGCAGCUCCUGCAAUUUCAUGAGCAAAGAGUUUGCAGCUGAACACCAGAUACAGACGAUCCGGUAAGCAACCCCCUGCAGGUGACCACGAUCGAUGGCAGGGAGCUGUUGGGAGGAGAAGUCAGCUUGCAGACCGUCCCAAUGAUAAUGAAGGUGGCAAGGCACACCGAACUGAUAGCGUUUAAUGUGGCCACCUUGGGAGGAGCUCCCAUUAUAUUGGGGAUGAGCUGGCUAGCGUUACAUGAUCCGCUGGUGGGCUGGCAUCAGAGAGUGGUUUCUUUUGGUUCAGCACAUUGCUUAGAACACUGCAAAGAGGGAAAGGGUUUGGCAGGGGCCCAAGCCACCCUAGCAGGGACUGAAGUAACGGAGAACGUGAAGGUACCACGACAAUACGCAGAUCUCCGCGACGUCUUCAGCGAAAGGGAAGCUGACCAACUACCCCGCAUAGACCCUUUGACUGUCAAAUCAAUUUACUCCCUGGGGCACAGCUCCCUGUAGGCAAGCUGUACGCCAUGUCAGACAGAGAGAUGCAGGAGCUAAGAGAGUUCAUUGACAAGAACCUGAAGAGAGGGUUCAUCAGAGAGUCCAGGGCGGUGGGGGCAGCCCAGUGUUUUUGUGGAUAAGAAAAACACGAACAAGCCGAGGCUGGUGUGUGACUUCAGGGCCUUAAAUGCAGUGUCAGAACCAGUGGCCUUCCCUAUGCCCAGGAUUGACGACAUUUUGACAAGGGUGCGGAAGGGAAAGAUUUUCACAAAGCUGGACCUAAGGGGGGCGUACAACCUGAUACGAAUAAGGAAAGGGGAUGAAUGGAAAACCACCAUGUUCACCCCUUUAGGGGCAUUUGAAUAUUUGGUUAUGCCCUUCGGCCUACAAGCAGGCUCCGCAACCUUUCAAUCGUUUAUGAACCACGUCCUGGGGCCUUUGCUUUACAAGAAUUGUGUGGCCUUCUUAGACGACGUGUUGGUGUAUUCUGAGAAUGAGGAGCAGCAUGUGAAAGACGUCAGAGAAGUGUUGAGCAGGCUGCAAGCCAACCAGCUGUGGGUGAAACUGGAGAAGUGUCAGUUUCAUACCAAGGAGGUGGAAUUCCUGGGGUAUCGCCUGUCAGACAAGGGAUUGGCCAUGGAUCCCGGCAAGGUCCAGGCGGUGCUGGAAUGGAAAACACCCAAAACAAGGAAGGAUGUGCAGAGGUUCCUAGGAUUUGGGAACUUCUAUCGUAAGUUCAUCCGAAACUUUGCCCACCUGACGGCGCCCAUUACGGACUGUCUCAGCAGUAAGAAGAAGUUCGUUUGGACUGAGGAGGCGGAGCGAGCAUUUGAGGAACUAAAAAGGGCCUUCGCCUCGGAACAACAAAUCCUGCAUGUGGAUUUACAAAAACCGAUGAGAGUGGAAACUGACGCAUCAGACAGAGCGAUUGGGGCGGUGCUUCUGCAGCCAGGGAAGGAGGAGUCAGAGUGGAGACCGUGUGCUUUUUUUCGCGAAAGCUGAACAAAUCCGAGAGGAACUACACGGUGUAUGACCGAGAACUACUAGCCAUUCAUGAGGCGUUCCGGAGAUGGAGGCACCUGCUAAUUGGCGCACAACAUAAGGUGCAAGUGUGCACUGACCACAAGAACCUAGAGUAUUGGAGGACGGCACGAGUGCUCAACCAACGGCAAGUGAGAUGGGCCCAGGAGUUCUCCAAAUUUAACUUUGAGAUUGGUUACGUGCCAGGCCCAGAGAACAUUAGGGCGGACGCUCUCUCACGCAAACCUGAAUAUUUGGAGGGGAGGGAGCACCCGAAGAGAGACAUGUCAUUCCAGAGGACCGCUGGGUGUGUGGGGCGGCAUUGGUGGGACAAAGAGAACUGGUAGAGGAAACAGAGAAUGAUGAAUACGCCCAGAAUAAGCUCAGAGGUCUUAGGGGUGAGGGAGAGGAACCAGGGGGUUUCGAGGAAAGAACUGGAGCUUUGUAUUACAAAGGGGCACUGUAUAUCCCUGAAGGAGACUUAAGGGGGGAGGGUACUCAAGCAGUUGCACGACAGCCCUACGGCGGGGCAUUUUGGACAACACAAAACCAUGUGGUUGGUCACCAGGGAAUUUUGGUGGCCUAAGGUGAGGGAAGAUGUACGUGAGUAUGUAAGAGGGUGCGAGCAAUGCCAGCGAGCCAAAGGGGAAAGGCGGGCGCCGGCGGGGCUAUUAGAACCCUUACCAACCCCAGAACGACCUUGGGAGGCAGUGUCGAUAGAUGUUAUGACUGAUCUGCCGAAGUCCAAAGGGACAACAGCCAUCAUGGUGGUGGUAGACCUACUAACAAAGAUGUGCCACUUUGUAGCUUGCUCGCAUGCAGUCACGGCGGAAGAGACAGCGAAGUUAUUUGUAGAACACAUUUUUAGGUUGCACGGGGUGCCAUUGAGGGUGGUCUCAGACCGAGGAAAACAAUUUACUUCCAGGUUCUGGAGGAAGCUCAUGAGCUUACUGCAGGUGGAGGUCAAUUUUUCGACUGCCCGGCACCCUGAAACCAACGGGCAGGCGGAAAGAGCAAACGGUGUCCUCCAGCAAUACCUGAGGUGUUAUGUCAAUGACAGAGAGAAUGACUGGGUAGAAAAGUUGGCGCUGGCGGAAUUUGCCUACAACAAUGCCGAGAAUGUGUCCACAGGGAUGAGCCCUUCUUGGCUAAUUAUGGGUGUCAUCCCAGGGCUUUCCCAGGGGAGAUGGGGAGAGAUGGAGCGUCCCGGCAGCCGAGCAUUUUGUGGAAGAAAUGGAAGCAAUCCAUCGUCAGCUCCAACUCAACUUAGAAAGGGCGAAGGAAGAAUACAAGAGGCAGGCAGACAAGAACCGAAGGGAAGGUGAAACCAUAAGGGUGGGAGAUAGGGUGUGGCUGUCAACCCAAGGGUUGCUGUUCAAAGGAGGUUGUAAGAAAUUAAGACCCAGGAGGUUGGGUCCCUUUGAGGUCAUUCAACAGGUCAACCCAGUGGCUUUCAGGCUCCGGUUACCCAACCACAUGAAACUGCACCCAGUAUUUCACAGGUCGUUACUGUCACCGUACGAAGGGGACGAGAAGGGAUGGCCACUCGGGGACCGGUCAUAGAAGAAAGAGAAUGCAGCAGCCAUGUGGCAGAAAUCCUCGACGCCAGGUGGAAGGGGGAUCAGGUGGAGUAUUUGGUAGCGUGGGAAGGAGAACCGGAGUCAGAAAACACUUGGGUAAUGGCCGAAGAUAUCAAUGACAAGGUAUUGAUAGAAACGUUCCAUCAAAGGUUCCCAAGGAAACCUCAGCCUGUGGAGAGGUUCCGGAGGGAAUACUUUGGGACCACUGAUGAGGAGGAGGAGUUGGAAGGAUUCCCGGACUCGGAAGGGGAAGGGAGAUGGACUCUGAGGAGGAGGAGUACUUCGAGACCAGGAACCGCAACAGGUGGAGAGAAGUGUUCGAGACAUCGGAAGAUGUUGCCUCCUCACCGCCCGUAGAGGAGGGGGCGAGAGGGGGUGAAAGGGGCCCUGGAGGGGAGGUGGAUGUCAGGGAACUGCCAUCGGAAGGAAGGGAGGUGAAAGGGCUCACACAGGUUGGGAGAGACUCAGCAGCUGAAGAGGGAACCAGUAGGGGAGAGGAGCUGAGCUGAGGGAAAGUGAGCUGGAGGGAUGGCUCAGAGACACUUCCAGCGAAAACAGUGGGGAGGUUUCAGGACCUCCUGUAGGAACACCCACUCCUCGCCGGAAACUGUCACGCAGAGAGUCCAGAAGACGUGUUUCCGUUAAGGAGCUUUUAUGUUGGAAGCGAUUCCGAAAGCAACCACUGUCGGAAUCUGCUAGCGACUAGAGGAGCCAUGUCUGAGGGGCUCCGUCACAGACAGAGGUUUGUGGACUUGAACAAACUCUGAGGGGAUACGAUUUUACGCACAAGCAGCUCCUCAUCCCAUCACACAAGCCAUGGUAUUAAGACAGCUUCAAACCAUUGUUUGAGAUCUUGACUUGUUUCUGAAAUAAUUAGCCACAGUUUCCCGGUUCAGACGAAACAGGGAACUAUAGUUAAUUGAAGACUUCAUUGUUUGCUGGCAGAUAUUUGCUGGCUUGCGGAAAGAGAGAAGGAGCAAAGAGCUGCAGCCAAUCCCAAAACAUGUAGCAUUACCCAAAGGCCUCCUUUUUAUCUUGGCUUAUUAUUAUUAUUAUUAUUAUUAUUAUUAUUAAACCAAAACAUGAUUUCUAUUUAUUACAGAUUUAUUCAAACCGUGUGUCUUUGGAAACUGUGAAAUGUGACGCCUGAAUUGAUAAAGAAAGAACACUCUUUCAACACAAUGUUUUUGACACAGGUAAAAUCAUCCCCCUAUCUAUCUAUCUAUCUAUCUAUCUAUCUUAUUGAUCACUUUCUUUGCUUCCAGAUGUCUAGCCCAUUACAUUACCUCAGAAUAUGUUUUGUUUUCUUCUGUCAGUGUUUGACCUUCAGCAUGACUGUCAUUCUAGACAGUAUUGGUGUUUUCCAAAUAGUUUGAUGACAUUUAUUCAUAGUUCACUAGCCUCAGGCUGCCCUUAAUCCAGCAUACAUCAACAAGUUAUACAGAUAGCCAAGACAUUAAAAAAACCUGUUGAAAUUAUGCAGCUAUAAAGUUUGCAAAACCGCAAGAGAAUGGAUAUGUUUGCUUUGUGCUGCUUAUGAAAGGCCUGCGACAGAUUCCUCAAAAUCAAUUAAUGUGCUAGGACAGGGGUGCCCAAACUUUUUUCAAAGAGGGCCAGAUUUGAUGAAGUGAACAUGCGUGAGGGCUGACCAAAGCUUGUUAGAGCUUUUACUCAGGUUCCUAGGAUUUAGGAUUUAACCCCAAAGUUGUUGAGCUUUUGAGCUUUUUUAAGGCUUUUACCCCAGGACAUAUACUGCCAUGGGGGCCAGAUUAAAUCGACCGGCGGGCCAGAUUAGGCCCCUGAAAUGGACUUUGGACAUGCCUGUGCUAGGAGAAAGGAGGAUUGCUUUUGCCCCGGUAGAAAAAUAAUGCACUGCUGAGUGCAAGGAAACUGAUAUUCCAGAAACAUUAAGGAAAGACGCCUGAAUCUUUCCCAACAAAUGAGUAAUUGGGUGAAUCCACUGGGUUUUUGAAAUACCCCAAGAUGUAUUGAAGUUUAAAUUUGUUUUAAAUAAUCAUCUAGCUCUUAUUUGGAACCCCAGCUUUGAUAAAGAGAAUUAUAAGGCUUACCAAUUUCUUUCCCCCCACCCCAAAGGUUUUCAAAUCCAUAUUGGGGGAGGGAAAUAUUAGGUCAACAUCUUUAUUAACGUGAAUUUUUGAUUCUUUUCGUCAACAUGGCUGCCUUUGUUUUUGAAGAAAUAGAUAAACCUUGACAAAAGUAUUGUCAUGUUGCUUCAUGCUUGCAGAACAGAAUUUGUUCAAGCCUAUAUGCAUUAAAUAACAUGUGUGGGUGUAUAUCACAUACACAUAUACAAACAAGAGUGGGGGGGGGGCGGCAGUAUUGUUAAAUUGCAUUAAGCAAAUUUAAACUAUGUUUUAAUGUGAACAUGCAGCAUGCUCAAAAAUUCCCAGGGUAUAUGUCCCCUGCUCCAGCUGUUGCCACGCCAUGCAGUGUUUUUCACCCCUGGGGUUUCCUCAAAGGUAUGCAGUACCAUUUUUUCCUAGAAGAAAAGCACUGACAACGUGUAUGAAACAACCCUGAGCUUGGCUUAUCAUAACAUCUUCAAAGGGCUCACGGUUGCUUUCCCCAAACAAACAACAAGCAGUAAUCUAAGAAGAAACCUUGAUUUCCGCUCAUGGUUGGUUUGGGGAAAACAGUCCACAGCAGCCCAGGUUUGAACAACACAACAGGCCGGAUCCUGGCUUGUUUCAUCAGUGGUAUGGGAACAGCAGCAACAGCAGAGGAGCACCAUGGGAAUUUUUGAACAGUGUGUUCCAGGAUGUUGAGUGUUCACAUUGAACCAUAGCUUGUAGUCCAUAGGGAACAGAAUGUAGGAUCUCAGUUCUGGUGAUUUGGGGGUUAAAUGUCAGCUUAGCCAAGACGUCCCACUGAGAACGGGGAAAAAACCAAUUAGUUUUACUUGGAAAAUCAUCUAAAAAGCCAACUGAGGCACUCCCUUUCCUCAUAAGUUUUUUUUUAAUAAUAAUUUUUAUUAAGUUUUCCAUUUUAACAAUCCAAUCAGAUCACAUUACAUAUUCCAAAUUAUACAAAUACAUCUCAUAUAGUCCAAAUAUUCUGCCAAAUUAUAAAUUUUUGUUGGGGCUUCCCAUGCUUCAAGUUCAGUGGGGUUCCAAUCAUUUUAUGUUUCUACUGCCUUGAGUUUCCAAUAGUUCCUUCUUUAAAUCCUCCUGUUGUUAUCCUUCCUUCCUUCAUGUCCUCUGAGUUGUUUCCACAGGCGAGUUGAAGUGAGCAGUAAUAUGCUUCUGUGUGAAGUUUGUAUGACUCUCCUUUCCCCCUCCCUUCCCUCAUAAGUAAUGCCAGAACUAAUCACCUGUAGGGUGGGAAUAGAGAACCUGGGCAGGGUAGUGACUACAUGAUGUUAAAUUCUAAAUUCUAAAUUUUGUUAUUGUACAGUUUCUUUGUAGGUAUGCCUGUCUACAGAAAUCUUUCGCAGUGAGCGGUUUUGGAGGAGCAAUUUCAAAACCUCCUGAACCUUGCUGGAUCGAUUGUUUAAGAAGAGUCUCUGUUUGCCAUGGCAAAUGCUUUUCUACCAAAAUAGUUCUGGGUAUCGAAACUAGCUGCGAUGAUACAGCCGCAGCUGUGGUGGAUGAAGCUGGCAACAUUUUAGGAGAAGCCAUGCAUUCUCAAAGUGCGGUUCAUUUGAAGUAAGUAAUUCUUACCGUUGGUGAAAACAUAGUUUUAGGUACUUUGUUGUUUAGUUGUUUAGUCAUGUCCGACUCUUCGUGACCUCAUGGACCAGAACACGCCAGGCACGCCUGUCUUCCACUGCCUCCCGCAGUUUGGUCAGACUCAUGCUGGUGGCUUCGAGAACACUGUCCAACCAUCUCAUCCUCUGUCGUCCCCUUCUCCUUGUGCCCUCCAUCUUUCCCAACAUCAGGGUCUUUUCCAGGAGUCUUCUCUUCUCAUGAGGUGGCCAAAGUAUUGGAGCCUCAGUUUCACGAUCUGUCCUUCCAGUGAGCACUCAGGGCUGAUUUCCUUCAGAAUGGAUAGGUUUGAUCUUCUUGCAGUUCAUGGGACUCUCAAGAGUCUCCUCCAGCACCAUAAUUCAAAAGCAUCCAUUCUUCGGCGAUCAGCCUUCUUUAUGGUCCAGCUCUCACUUCCAUACACUACGUACGUUGAAUAUCAUGUUGUUAUUUUGUCAUCACGUGUUAUGCCACAGUAUCUGUAAGUGCAUCUAGAUCACUGCCACAGUAUCAACAAUCCAAGAUUAGUGGUGUCAAAAAGCUCCUAAAAGUCUGGGAAAAACAACACACACACACACACACACAAAAUUGAUCUCUAGUGUUGCUACUACAGCUGUGUUGGAAGCCAGACCUGCAGGUUGCCAAAAAAAGAAGGAAGUGCUGACUAUCCAGAACAUCAACUUCUGCGUUUGAGUUUUUGAGCUAGGCCAAACAGAUUUAACGUAAGCAUCAUGUACUUUUUAAAAAAAAUAAAUAAAUUUUAUUAGUAUUUUCCACACAACAACAACAUGAAAAAUAUCGAAAAAUAACAAUACACAACACAAAAACCAACAUUUGAAAACUAAAGAAAGCAAGAACAAAAAACAACAACAACAAAAUCCAUAUCUCACAAGUUAAUACUAUAAACACUAAAACAACAACUACAAGACAUUGACUAGCACCAAUCCCAAAGCACCUCCUUUAUCUCUCAUUGUGUCUUCCUGUUUUCCUUAUCAUCUCUAUCCUAACAUCUAGAUAUAAAUCCCUCUUUCUUAUCCUUUCACGUAAGCAUCACGUACAUGUUUGUUUCUCAUCAGAACAGGUGGAAUUAUUCCUUCGGUGGCACAACAGCUUCACCAAGAAAACAUUGCAAGGGUAGUGCAAGAAGCACUUGCCGUGAGCAGAGUUAGCACAGAUGGACUCUCAGCCAUUGCAACAACCGUGAAGCCAGGACUCGCUUUGAGCCUCGGAGUUGGCUUGGCCUAUAGUCUGGAACUGGUGGAGAAAUGCAAGAAGCCUUUCAUUCCCAUCCAUCAUAUGGAGGCGCACGCUCUUACCGUUAGGUUGACCAAUCGUGUGGACUUCCCGUUCCUGGUACUUUUGCUCUCGGGGGGUCACUGUAUACUAGCGGUAGCGCAAGGAGUUUCAGAUUUCCUUCUCCUUGGACAGACAUUGGACAUUGCACCUGGGGACAUGUUGGAUAAGGUAAUCCUUUUAAUUAGUGUUUAUUUAUUAAAAGAUUUGUAUGCUGCUAUAUCAUAAAUAUAUCAAAUAUAUCAAAGCAGUUUACAGCAAUAAAGACACAAAGCAAUACAAUACAAUAAAGCUAUAAAGUUAAAAACAGACAUCAAUUAACCAUUGUGGAAGGAUGUAUAGUGGUACCUUUGUACUCCAACGGCUUGGCUCCCAAACAAAGCGGCUUCUGAACGCUGUAAACCCAGAAAUGUUCCAAUUUGUGAAUGUUUUUUGGAAGCCAAACAUCCGACGCGGCUUCCACGGCUUCUGCUUGAGUGCAGGAAGCUCCUGCAGUCAAUCGGAAGCCACGCCUUGGAGCCAGUGUGGUGUAGUGGUUAAGAGUGGUAGUCUCGUAAUCUGGGGAACUGGGUUCGUGUCCCUGCUCCUCCACAUGCAGCUGCUGGGUGACCUUGGGCUAGUCACACUUCUCUGAAGUCUCUCAGCCCCACUCACCUCACAGAGUGUUUGUUGUGGGGGAGGAAGGGAAAGGAGAAUGUUAGCCGCUUUGAGACUCCUUCGGGUAGUGAUGAAGCGGGAUAUCUAAUCCAAACUCUUCUUCUUCUUCAAACAGUUUCAGGAGUUGAAUGGACUACAGGAACAGAUUGAGUUUGAUUGAGUAUUCUUAAUCGCCUGCAUAGGCCUGGUGGAAUAGAUAAGUUUCCAGCAGGCGUUUAAAAGUUGGCACAGAAGGCCCCUGCUGAAUCUCCGUUGGCAGAAUAGCCCACGGGACAGGGCCAAUGAGGAAAGCCCUGUGCAAUUGUCCCACUUACUUGGUGAUCAUUUAGCUAAUUGGGAUAAAACCAUAACAAUGUGGCUGCCAUGCGGCUGGCUCAGUGUCAAGCCUCAGCACAUAACAACAAGGAUUUGAGGUGUGACUUGGGUCCUUCAGAAUCAUAAAGCUACUCCUUGUGCUCAUUUGCCUUUUCCAGUGACUUUUAAAAUAUAUGUGUACAUUUCUUUAAUUUCUGCUUCCAUUUGGAUUGUUUAGGUAGCCAGAAGGCUUUCUUUACGGAAGCACCCAGAGUGCUCUAGCCUGAGCGGUGGAAAAGCGAUAGAACGUUUGGCUCAGCAGGGAAAUAGACGGCGUUAUGAAUUCAAAGUCCCCAUGGAGCAACAUCACAACUGCAACUUUUCCUUUGCUGGACUUCAGUCCCAGGUCACUAGAGCGAUCGCAGAAAAAGAAAAGGAGGAAGGUAUUUACCAAAAUACGACGGAUACAAAUUGCGCCUGAGAGCUUCACAUAGGCUUGGGAAACCUAUUUGAUUGUAAUUUCUGCAGGGCGUCAGGAAGGACAACUCCUGUCCUGCAUACCAGACCUUGCUGCAGCAGUCCAGCAUACGGUAACUGCUCAUAUUGUCGCUCGAACACACCGAGCCAUUCAUUUCUGUAGAAGGAAGGGUAUCUUGCCACAGAGGAAGGCAACUUUGGUAAGUGUCAAAACAAAAUUUAAAAAUUCCUUCCAGUAGCACCUUAGAGACCAACUAAGUUUGUUAUUGGAAUGAGCUUUUGUGCGCAUGCACACUUCUUCAGUGUGUGUGUGUGUGUGUGUUGUCAGGAAAACAAACCAGGGAACUGCGUCUUUCCCUCCGAAGCACCCCUUGGGAUGAUUCAUCACUCUUCUGUCCUGAGUUGCUACUGCGACAUAUAUCCGAAGAUAUCUGCACACACAAAUGCAGAGUUCAAAGCAGAAGCUGGACUUGAGGUGUAGAAUACUCAGCUAAUUUAUUAUGUACAAGAUCAAGUGUUGCAGAACAAAGAAAUCAAGGCUUCUCUCUCCUUCUCGUCCGAGAGAGAACAGAAAAUGCGGAAGCAUAACAUAACGGAACAGUGUAACCGAACUUCCGUUCUCAUGACUCCAACAGUGUGGAAUGUCAACACAGACAUGUGAUGAAAACAAUCACACAUCAGCAGUGGGGAGGAAUGAAAUCCCAAUGUGUGUGUUGCACAGUUAACUUAUCCUAAGCUCCAACAAUGUGGCCAGCAGCUUAGUUGUAUUAAUCGCUUGCACCUUUAGGUCCAGGAAGUGGUGACCUGAUCAACAGAGAGACACAAAUUACUAACAAAUAUUAUUAACUAACACGAAGGAAAUAAAAUAAAAACUGAAUCCAAGAGCACAAGACUUUGCAUGUACUUGGGGAAAGUCAACAUGUCAUGGGGGCCUAUGGCUUUGCCACACCCAUUGUAUGUAAUACCUAAUGGUGCCUACUCAAAUAUGUUUAUAUGAAUUUCAAAAUGGCAGAGGGGAGAGGGCAUGUUUCUGCCCUGUGCAGGGAUUACUGCCAGCAAGGUGAGCCAGGUUGCUAUAAGCAUAAUCCUGCCGCCCUACUUCCUCAGACUUCCCAUAAACAUGACUUUCGAACACUGGUUUCAGGUGGCUUCGGGAGGUGUUGCAAGUAACCAGUAUAUCCGGAAAGCUCUGCAGGUUUUAACUGAUGCCACCGAUUUCGCCCUGGUAUGUCCGCCUCCCAGACUGUGCACUGACAACGGUGUUAUGAUUGCAUGGUAAGCAAAUAUGUGUUUUUUUCUUCUGUUUGGAAUUCUGUUCUGAAUUAUAAUGCAACAUAGUUAAUUGGAAAACACUUCGUUGGUAUAUCUAAACACAGUUUCUGUGUAGUUGUAUAUAGCCCCAUGGGAGUUAGUUGCCAAUAAAUGUAUACGUUUUGUAUAUGUGAUGGCGUUGUAUAUUUGGGGUACAUACCUUUCUUACAGGACGCGGGUGGCGCUGUGGGUUAAACCACAGAGCCUAGGGCUUGCUGAUCAGAAGGUCGGCAGUUCAAAUCCCAGCGACGGGGUGAGCUCUCGCUGCUCUGUCCCAGCUCCUGUCAACCUAGCAGUUUGAAAACACGUCAAAGUGCAAGUAGAUAAGUAGGUACCGCUCCAGUGGGAAGGUAAACGGCGUUUCUGUGCGCUUCUCUGGUUCGCCAGAAGCGGCUCAGUCAUGCUGGCCACAUGACCCGGAAGCUGUCUGCGGACAAAUGCCGGCUCCCUCAGCCAGUAAAGCGAGAUGAGCGCGCAAACCCAGAGUUGUCCACAACUGGACCUAACGGUCAGGGGUCUCUUUACCUUUACCUUUCUUACAUGCAAGUUCACUAAGUGCGAACCACCCUGGUAGCAUUGUCCUUCAGAGAGAAAACUGCCUGUUAUUGUUGGGUGAAGAAGAAGAAGGAGGAGGAGGAGGAGGAGGAGGAGAAGAAGAAGAAGAAGAAGAAGAAGAAGAAGAAGAAGAAAAAGCAUGGCCAAACCACGUUUUCUCCAGUCAAGGGCCCUUCUUAGGCUAGCAGAAAUUAUCUCUGUCUGAAAUCUCUUUGCUGAGCUUACAUCAACAAUACUGCAUUUAGUUCACUGUAAUGGGGGGAUGAACUAGUUUAUGGAAAACACUUUACACAAAUAUUCUCUCUUUAGGAAUGGCAUUGAAAGGCUUUGUGCAGGACUGGGUGUUUUAUAUAGCACAGAAGGCAUAAGAUACGAACCAAAGUAAGUAGUAUUUAUUAUAUUUAUUAUAUUUCCCCCUCAGUACUGUGUUCUGUUAUCUCUGUAGCACUCCAGAAAAACAGAGACAAUAUCUGUUGAGUGCUUUAAAAUCUUACGAGACCUAGAGAGAGUGGAGCAGCAGAAGUCCCAUGCCAUAGUUUUCUGUUCCUCUCCUUUCUCCCUUAUAUCCAGGAUUAUACCUCUGUAUUCUUCCUUGCUGUAUAGCAGCCCAAAUCAGUUCAGCAGUAUUUAAAUUCUGUCCCUAAAUCCUUGCAAAAUAUAAUGUAUUGGGUGGUGGUGGGAAAUGCACAAUAGGAAAAGGUUGCACAAUCGUUGGGAAUAAAGUUGGACAUAUUGACAGAGAAAACACUAAUCUCUUACCAUUUCAGAUUUUUAAUGUUACCCAGGUGUUCUUCUCAAAAUUUGGGAAUAUGAUUUCCUGUCCGUUGGAAACCACUGUGGUGAACAAAAGUCGAUGGCAAAUUCCAGCUGGCCCACACUGACUGACAUGCUGGAGGUUGAAUGGAUACAUAGAGCUUUUUGAAUUCUGUUAUUCGUCCUUGGAUAAGGCGUUAUAGGACCUCAGAAUCCACCAGGGGUUUCAUAGAGACAGAAAUAAUGUUUUUAGAUUUUAAUUACAGUGCUCAGAUAUUUCAACAGGUUUAUUCACCACUGUGCUUUUUUAUGGACGAUUUCCAUAUCAGUGUUGACCCUGUUCAUAUUAUAGACAGCACAUAAUUCCUCUCACUGAAUUUGGGGGUACACACUACUGCUGAUAUUAUAUAGUGGGCGGUCCUUAAAUUGUUUAAAUUAAUAUAUAAAAAAGACAGAAUAAGUGGCAUUUCGUUCAGCAAUACUAGUCGCGUGUUGUUGUUUUCUUUUGCUGUAGCUUGGCAUCUUUUUUUUCUAUAGGCUCAGCUGCAAUCCCAAAUCUAAACAUAGACUGAGUUACACUUUCCUAAGGACCAAAUUCAUCUUGGCUUUUCAUCAGAAUUUGAGCUAUGUGCUGUUGUCAAUGCCCUCUUCCGGGCUCUCAGCCAUGUAUCUGAUUUUUCACUCACAAACGGCUGUGUCCGGUUCCCUGCGACUUUGUCUACAGCUUUUGGCUUGGACAACAAGUUCUUGCUCUUCCAACUGUACUUUCAGAGCCUCUAUAUUUCUGGGGAGGACAGUUCUUCCCAAAAACCAACAGAAGUAGCCACGCUUCUCAUUGAAUUACUUCCGAGAUAGAAAUUUGGGGGAGUGGGGAAAAUAAAAGACAUGUAAAUACGUUCCUUUAGCUAUAGUGUCAACUUACCAUUUCUCACGUGGCUGAAGGAAAUAAACAAAGUGCUCUGCUUAUGGAUGUUCUCUGUCCUAUUUAUAUGGUCUUUCAGGACUUAGUAAAUCUCUCUGGUGUAGCUCCUCCUCUCCUUGGGGUUGAGGAGAGCAAGAGGAGAGAAUGAUCUACUGAUAUUUGUCUUGGGAACAAAAGAAGGGUGAGGGCAAAUAAUAAUUUUAUCCUUGUGGAAAAUGUAAAAUUCUUUUUCUGAAGAAAGUAUACUGAACUCAAAAAUCCUAUGAAGAGAGGUCACUGUUAUGAGAGGAAUUGUCCAAAGACUUAUGAGGAAACUUAAAAUUUAUUAACAGAUGUUUAAAUUCUAGAUGAGAUACGAAAGGUCAAAUCUGUUUAUACGGAUCAAGAAAACCAAAAUACUUCUGUUUGGUGUUAGUCUGCACAAUGUAGUAAUACUAAACUAUAGCUGCAUUGUUUUCCAUAGUACAACAGUAUUCAUUAUGGGAGUUAAGAUUAAGAAUGAUAUAAAGGAGAUACUGAGUAUAGAAUUCAUUAUUACCUACAGGAGCCAAAUAUGUAUGCGGUUUAUAAUGCUGGCUAAUUAUUUUGUAUGAUACUGAAUUUAUAAUGGGAUGCCUAUGCUUGUGUCUUAAAUGUAUUUUUAAAUUUUUAUUUAUUUAUUAGAGCUCUGCUUGGGACGGAUAUCUCAGAAGAAGUCCAAAAGCUUCCAUCAAAAUGCCAGCACCAAAUCAGAUGUGAAAAGUGAAAUCUGCCACCAUCCAUUUCAAUGGGAGUUCCAUACCAUUUGCCCCAGCCUCUGUAUGACAAUGUGCCAUUGCUGAGAUUUUUCAUUACUAAGCUGGGGAUAUCAAAACGAAAAAUAAACCAAGAACAGCAUAGGCAUUCUUAUAAGCCGUAAAUGAAGAAUAUAUUUCUAAGCUUUCUACCCUGUUCUGUAAAUUUCAACAUCGACCCUUGUCAACAGUUAAACAAGGCUUUUGGUUUCCAAAAGGACCAGUGGAAAGAAGAAGUAAAAGCAGAAGGGUUUCUGCAUGACAGAUAAUGCCAUUUCCUUUCCCAAGUGGUUGCAUACUUGAAUACAGUUGCUCUUCUUGAUUGUGAGGCUACCUACACCAAAGUGAAUUGGAAUAAAUCCCCUUCUGAAGUUGUUUAUAAUUUUA